AUGGAAGAAGACGGCCCCAAAUGGCGCCUAGAGCAUGCAAGCACUGGCCUAUCAGUUUGUCAACAAGCGGCAUGCAAGCGUAGCAAAGCCUUGAUUGCAAAAGGCGAGCUGCGUAUUGGUACACGCGCGCUCUUCGACAACGACAUUGAGAUGCGAUAUUACAUAGCUUGGCGUCAUUGGGCAUGUGCGACGAAGCAUCAGAUCCAAGGCUUGAAAGAGACUACUGAGAACGACCCAACCAAGGCGCCUGGCUACGACGCACUGAGCCCGGAGAGCCAGGAGCAGGUGCGACUAGCAUUCGAGCACGGCAUGCCUGUCGACAAGCAAUUCAAGGAUAUCCGCGAGGAUCUGGCCAAGGAUGCUCCCAAGUACGGGCAAGAGUAUCAGAACGCGAUGGCGUACAAGGUCGACCUUGCCGCUCGUGCGGCUGCAUGCCGUGGAAAGGAUUGCUUGUCUAAGCAGAUCAAGAUCACCAAGGGCGAAUUGAGGCUCGGCAUCCUUAUUCCCUUUGAUGGCGAACAUGCAUCGACUGUCUACAAGCACUGGAAGUGUAUCUCUGCUUUUGACCUGGCAAAUGUAACGUUAUUCUUCGAGCGCGAUUCAAUCGAAGGCGUAGAGGAGCUCCCUGAAGAAGUCCAGGCCGCGGUGCUCGAGACAUUCCAGACGGGCAAGAUCGUCGAGCCGCCGGAGCGUGCGAUUGAGCCGCCCAAGGCAAAGGCCAAGAAGUCUCGUAGCAAGAAGUCGAAAGCUAGUGCCAAGGAUGGAGAGGUCGACGUCACAGUUGUUCGUCUUGCUGCAUCGCUAGGCUCGCUAUUCUUCUACUCGAGCGCGCCCUAA